CUCCCUCGCCCGCUCGCGCCGGCCCGCGCAGCGCGUCAUGCCGCCCAAAGCCCCGCGCAGAGCCGCGCCGGCCGCCGCCGAGCCCCCGCCGCCGCCGCCGCCGCCGCCUCGGGACGACGACCCCGAGCAGGACAGCAGCCCCGAAGAGCUGCCCCUGGCCAGGCUUGAGUUUGAAGAAAUUGAAGAACCUGAAUUUACUGCAUUAUGCCAGAAGUUAAAGAUAUCCGAUCAUGUCAGAGAAAGAGCUUGGUUAACUUGGGAGAAAAUUUCAUCUGUGGAUGGAAUCCUGGAUGGAUAUAUUCAGAAGAAGAAGGAACUCUGGGGCCUCUGCAUCUUCGUUGCAGCAGUCGACCUGGAUGAGAUGCCGUUCACUUUUACUGAGCUACAGAAAACCAUAGAAACCAGUGUCUAUAAAUUCUUUGACUUACUAAAAGAAAUUGAUACCAGUACCAAAGUUGAUAAUGCCGUGUCAAGAUUAUUGAAGAAGUAUAAUGUGUUAUGUGCGCUCUACAGCAAAUUAGAACG